AUGAUACAUGAGGAGAAAUUGGUGGGCAGAAAUAAUAUGAUUCCAUCCAAACAGGGAGAUGUCGAUUACAGUGAAGAAGUGGAAACUUUGGUGACAAUAUUUAGAAAACAGCAUCGUCCAUGGCGAAAUAAGGUUCGGAAGAAAGCUGCUAAGGAAGCGAAAAGAAAACUGAAGAAAGAAAAUGGUAAUGAGUGCACCAUCUCUUCAAGUGAUGUGCAAAUAAUGAGAAAAAAGAGGAGAAGUAGAGUUAAGAGGAUCAACUCUAACGGUUCAACUGAAAAUGGCGCAAUGAAUAGACAAGAAAUAAAUGAUAGAGAAGGGAUUGGUUCCUCACUGUUUCGAUAUAUCAACGAGCAGUUAUAUACUAUGAGUGGUGCGAAAGCUAUGGAACUAUUUCGAAAGGAUCCACAGGCUUUUAAAUUGUACCACAAAGGAUAUCAGAAACAGGCAAACAAAUGGCCUUUUAAUCCAGUUCGCAUCAUUAUUCAAUGGAUAAAAUCAUUGAAACAUAAUGGCUUAGUGAUUGCUGAUUUGGGAUGUGGAAAUGCAACAAUUGCUGAUGCACUGUCACAUAUAGCCACUGUACAUUCAUUCGAUUUGGUUGCUGUGAAUGAUCGCGUUAUGGCGUGUGACAUGUCCAUGAUGAUGAAAGAUGGUGGUUAUUUUGUAAUUUUGGAAUUUAUGAAAACUGGUAAAGUGGUGCAGAAACGACCUAUUGGAUUAAUAUUGAAGCCUUGUUUGUAUAAAAAGCGGUAA